AUAAUGUAUCUUUUGAUUAUAGCAUUGAUGUAAGCCUGCCUCUGGCUGAGUUACGGGAUGAUGAGAAAAGUUCUGUAACCCAACUUUGUGAACCGGGUUCACGAAAUGAUCAGCAAAAUUCUUGUGAGAAGGAAAAUAAAAAUUCAGAAACAUCUGCUUCCUCUAUCCCAUUGUCUAAUACGUCUGAUUCGGAAGAUAUGAUAAAUGAGGAUAACAAAUCUUUACCGGUGAAAGAGGUAAGCAUAUCUACUGGAACAAUUUCAAAGGAUAAACAAGAAACUGUGAAUGAUGAUAAUAAUAUAAGCGAGAAAGCCGAAUCUUUACUGGAGGAAGAGUUUCUAGAUUUUCGAUUCCAAAAAGGUGUUCUAGAAGAUAAAAAAACGGAGUACUCUCAGUACAAAAGCGAUUUGGAUACGAUCAAAGGCCUGAGUUGCAUUAGUUCUGUCACCAACUACCCUGUCAAUUGCGGUUGGCAGUGGGAAAAGACCGCGGUCAGUUGCACUCCGUCAUCAACUACCCUGCCAAUUGCGGUUGGCAGUGGGAAAAGAUCGCGGUCAGUUGAUGAGCAUGCACUUGAUAAAAAAUCGCAAUCAUUAAUUUCUUUUUGGGAUUUACAAACGAAGAGACAAACCAUUCAUAUGAAUAGCAAGAUACUUGAGGAGGAAGCUCAGUUGCAACAAAACGAAUUAAAAAACCAGAUUCAUAUCGAACGGACCAAACAGAUUCUGGAUGCGACGAAAGGUAUCCGAAACCAAGAUUAUUUACUACGAGAAAUAACUACCAAGCAGAUUGAAAAAGAUCUGUUGAAUGAGUUAUAUGCAAAGAACGAGAAUUUAGAGGAAGAGGCACCUUCUAUACCACCGGACAAGGUCAAAAUAUAA